AUGGCAAUUGUGAAAUCAGAAUUUCUUGCCCGACGGUUCAAUCAAAGAAAGAGGCUAUGCAUGACUUCCAUUUCGGGUUUGUACGAUGUGGCUCGCAGAAUAAAACUCUCUCCAGUGUCUUUUGAUAAGCUGAAGUCUCUAAAACUGGAAGUGGUAAUUCAUGAAGAGUCAAUGCAAAUAAUGAUACUAUUGCUCAAGUAUUCUCCUAAUUUGGAGGUUCUUAAAUUGUGGUCUGAUGAGUGGUUUCUCUACUGACUCUCGACCGUCUGCGAGAGUGUGAAUUGGCAGCUGCUUGAUCUUGAUGAAAGCAUUGUGUGCUUGGAAUCCCAUCUAAAGUCAAUUCAUUUGACUGGUUUCAAAGGUGAAGAAAACGAGAUAGAACUAGUGAAGUUUUUCCUGAAGAAUGCACGAGUAUUGGAAAAACUGAUGAUUUUCUGGGAAAUGGACAUGGAUAAGUCAGAAGAAUCAUCAGAGGAAGUUUUGAACUUUCAUAGAACUUCUUCACAUGUUGUUCUGAUGUUUCUUGAUGCCAAGCCCAAGCAAAGAUCUCGUAAGUGGUACAAUAGAUAUUCAAAAUGACUCGACCUAGGAGAGGAUUAUUCGAUUGUUGGAUGUACUCUUAUUGAGAUUUCUCUUAAAGAUUCAAGUUUGAACCAGACUAUAAAC